CUUUAAUGCGUCAUAAUUCAAGCGACGAUGAAGAGAUGCAUCUUGUGGAUACACAGCAGUUGGAGAACAUGGAUCACUUCAUCUGGGGACAGUUCUAUGACAACGAAAGCUCAAGGCAGGCUCAAAAAUAAAUAUAGGGACCAUUCUCUAGAAUUUAAUGCUUAUUUGCUUAUAAAUAACUAUGAAAGGGAACGCUUGAUGACUGAGACAUAUAUCAAAACUUGAAUCAUGAAUUAUAUCCUAUACAUGAAGCCUGAUGUAAAUUUUAAGGACGAACACACUAGCAGGAACUUCUAUGUAUACAUUAUAAGGGAUAAGCAAUUAAGCCAGGCUACUAAGAUAGCUCUUACCAUGGCUUGAUUAAGAGUGUAUAACAGCAUAGAUUACUUUUUCUCAAAAGAUAUCUACUCCUAUACAGCUUUCCACUACUCACUAUUGAUGGGUCAUUAUAAGGUUGCCUUACAAAUAAUAAUUUACUGAGACAAAAUCAAAGAUUUUUACCUCCAGUUCCAUCCCAACACGAAGGGAGAACAUGAGUUCCAUGAUCAUCCACUCACCUUCUUCAUUUGGAAAAAUGCUGAAGAGGGAGUCAAGAAGGGGUCUAAAUAAAGAGACUCUACUUAAGCUUCUUCUGAAUAAUAGUAAUAAUGAUGUUCUUCUAAGUAAAAAUAAACAUGGAUAUUCAGCCUUGGAUUAUACUCUAGAAAGAGAUCGCCUUAAAGAGAACAGCAGCAAGAAGCAAGAUAGGUGCAAUAUGAUUAGUAUCCUUACCUGACACAAGCUCAAGAUUAAGUAUUUGUACAUGGUCAUGAACUCGAACAAAUUAUGAAAAUUAUCAUCAAAUUUAAAAAUAUUGAUUGCUCAUAAGCUGGCUUAGGUGACGUUAUCAAGAUAUAUCUUUAACAAUGAUCAAUAUAUAAAUUAUCUUUUAUCACACUAAAUGUUCAUCUGUCUUCACCAAAGACUAAACCCAGGCUAUUCUGGAUAGAUUCUUGGUGACAAACAUCCCUCUGGACCUUUCCUUAGAGGCAGAAUUAAGUACAGAGUGGAAAGAUAGUAUUUAAUAAUUUUUCAAUAAUGU